AUGUCGGGAUUCGCGUGGGCCUCAUCGGCCGGGUCUUCUUUGGCCAUCCUCGUCUGUCUCUUCUACGUUCCCCAUCUGAUGAACCAGGUGGACGAGAUCCGCAGCACCGUGGCCGUGCGCAUGGACAAGUUCCGCGUCAGCGAGCAGGGCGUCUGGGCCAAGCUCCAGGCGUCUCGCGUUGGACGUGCCCGUGUCACCCGUCAGGCAUACGGCAACCAGCAGUGCCAGUGCGACUCGUUCAACCGUUGCCCGGCCGGACCUCCCGGAGAGCCCGGAAUCAAUGGAGAACACGGAACCCCCCGGUACCCCCGGACCCAAGGGAGUUCCCGGACUCCCUGGACG